AGACAAAGAUUUCAGAGCGCAUAUGCAAUCCCUGCGUCUCGCGACAGGCGAGGUGGAAACCGGCUGCUCAGCAGCGGCCGCACCACCCAUCACUCACCUCCCACCCCACUCCCUCGCCACCUCGAUGCCAUUGAUAAAUACGCGUCAAGCCCCUGCCCACGCCUCUCUUCCCUCCCUCUCUCUUCCCCUGCUGCCUGCCUCUCGCUUGCUCGCCCUGCCCCUGCCCCCUGCUCUGCUGCUCACUGCGCGAUAUGCCCCUGUGAGUGAGUCCAUGGCAAUGGCAUCCUGCUGAACUGAAUCUAUCCGCUUCCCAUUGCCGCUUCCAGCUACCUCCGCCGCCUCGAGUGGCUCACGGAUCCAGGUCGCCGCUUCCGCUUGCCGCUGUCGGCCGGUGGCUUCCGUUGUUGUUGUCGCAGUGGGCAGUAGCAAUGGCGGACGCCGUGGAGGCGCUUCCUCCUCCUCCUCCGGAGAGCGGCGUCGAGUCCGGGAGGUCGUCGCCGUCCCCGACCGCGUCGCCGGAGUUCGAGUUCUGGAUGGUGGGCAGGAACCCGUCCGCGUUCUCGUCCCCGGCCCUGCUCACCGCCGACGAGCUCUUCUCCGGCGGCGUCGUGCUCCCGCUCCACACCCUCCAGGCGGCCGCCCCCGAUGGCAACGUUGCUGCCGCUGAAGGCGACGCCGAGGGCGCCGAGGCCAACGCCAAGGAUGCGGACUUCAAGGACGCGGCGGACUCCUCUGAGGUCCCGGUGCCAGAGGCGGGAGCGGAAGGGGAGGAGGCCGCGCAGCCGCUCGCGGAGUCCGGCAUCGCGCCGACGCCGGACCUCCCGGCGGUCACGUUCAAGUGGAAGGACAUCUUCAAGGCGGGCGGCGGCGAGGCCAAGGACCGCAAGAAGGUGGAGCGCCGCGUGAGCAGCGUCAGCGGGAACGCCGAGCUCAUCAACAUCAACAUCUGGCCCUUCUCCAGGAGCCGCUCCGCCGGCCACUCCGCCGGCGGCGCGGCAGCAGCAGGCUCCUUGAGCAGGGCCAAGCCAAAUCAAAAUGCCAACACCAACGCCAGCGCCAGUGCCAACACCAAUGCGAGUGCUAAUGCCAAUGCCAGCGCCGCGAGCGCGCCGCCGGCCCCGGCGCCAGCCCCGCGCAAGGUGAGCAGCGCCCCGUGCUCCCGCAGCAACUCCCGCGGAGAGUCCUCCGGGCCUGCGCCGGCCGUUCCCCCUGCCACCACGGUUGCAGCUGCUGUCGCCGCCGCCGCAGCAGCAGCAGAACCACCGGCAGCAGAAGAAGAUGCUGCGGCCGCCCAGGCGGUGCCGUUGCCCACCGCCACCGCAACCACCGCUAGCAACAGCGCCUCCUCCAUGUUGAGGAGGUUGGUGCCCGGCCAGGGCCGUAACAACAACACGGGCGCCGGCGGCACCGGCAUCCGCGUCGGGCGCCCCAGCCCCGUGUGGCAGCUGCGGCGCAACAAGCUGCAGCAGACCGCCGCGGAGCAGAAGCAGGCCAGCGCCAAGAAGAAGGCCACCCCCGCCCCGGCCGCAGCCGCCACCGCCGAAGCCGCAAACGACGACAAGGCGGCGCCGAGCGUGGCCGCGCCCGCGGCCGGCUGCCGGAACAACGCGGGGUGCUCGGAGGGCGCCGCCGAGGAAGGGAACCCGCCGCAGGGGCUGUUCGGGCUCCGCACCUUCUUCUCCAAGAAGGUGUACUGAUCCACAAGCCGACCAAGGCCACGGCAUUGUACAUACAAAUUCGAGCUCUAGGCUCGCUCUUCCACAUCUUUACCUUACCCCCUUCUUCCUUAGUUCCUUUUUUUUCUCCUUUUUCUCCUUUCCCCGCUCUAAUUCAAGUAGUAGCUUCUUCCACAUCUGUACUGCAACCUCUGCUAAGCUCUAGUGCUCACCUCAAGCAGCAAGCAUAAGCAUCUGAUCGGCCAUGAAUGGUGCGUGCAUCCAUUGAAGAACAAACGACUCGUGUGUGCUUA